AUGGUGCUUUUAACUUGUGUGCUCUUUUUAUCCAUUGCUUUCCCAUGGACAGUCGUGGAGUGCCAAAGUGGAGCUGGCGAACUCGUCUUCUCCAGAAAAUAUCUUUCUUUCAACGAUUCGAUCGAACGACUGUCGGAUUUAGUCAAGAAUAAUGCCGGACUCGCGAGACUCUACUCUAUCGGCAAAUCAACUGAAAACCGGGAUCUAUGGGUGGUGAAACUUUCGACAGAUCGUACCAGAGUUCGGACAACUUUGAAACCUCUUCUCAAGCUUGUGGGAGGUAUUCAUGGCAACGAGGCUCUGUCAUCGCAGCUUCUCUUCAUGUUGAGCGAGUAUCUCAUGCAGAACUUCGGGAAAGACAACCGAGUCACGCGGCUCCUGAAUCAGACUGAGAUUCAUAUUCUACCCAUCGCGAACCCCGACGGUCGGGAAAUCGCGAAAGAGGGCGAUUGCGAUGGGAGCGGCGGAGACACACAAAAGACCGGUAGAGAGAACGCGAAUGGCGUGGAUCUAGACAACGAUUUCCCGGGACCAUUCGACAGCGUUUCCGAAGCGUGGAAGGCUAAAAAACAACCAGAAACAACGGCCCUAAUGCGCUGGAUUGUCAGUAAUCCUUUCGUGCUCUCUGCGUCUUUGCAUACGGGGUCACUAGUGGUUUCGUACCCAUACGAUUCCGUCAACUCGAGCUCAGCCGGUGAGUGCAUCGCGCGCAAAAGCUCCGCCCAGAGGGAGGAAAGUAGAUCUCCUGACGAUGCUCUUUUCCGUGAUCUAUCGCUCACAUACGUCAAGAAUCACCCCUUGCUGUUGAAGGGGGCGAACUGUCCUAACGCGCAUUUCAAAAACGGCAUAACAAACGGCGCGGAAUGGUACAUCAUGAAGGGAGGAAUGGCUGACUUUAACUAUGCAUUCAGUAACUGCAUGGAAACCACACUGGAACUGUCUUGUUGCAAGUACCCGGACUCUUCUCAGUUGACUCGCGAAUGGAACGACAACUGGCAAAGUAUUCUGGCAUACAUGGAACAGGUCCACAUGGGUGUGAAAGGACUGAUCCGGAAUCGGGACUCCAUGGCACCGAUACAGCAAGCCACGGUCUCGAUUGAAGGCAUCAAUCACGACGUCAAAUCGAGCAGCAACGGGGAAUUCUGGCGUCUGCUCCUCCCUGGGUAUUACACAAUCUCUGUGGCAGCUCCGGGUUAUAAGCCCUAUGUGAAACGAAACGUAGCUGUUAGGAAGGGCGCAGCCACCUCUGUCGACCUCCUCCUGGAACCGGAAAGCGUCAGCCCUCACAACGACGAGGCGGCAGAAAGCAAGGCUCCGGACUCCGACGUCAGCGAUUUCGUCUUUAAAACGCAGCCCGAAUUCUGGCAUCACAACUACACCGGUUUGACUGAAUUCUUGCAUCGGCUGGCGGAGCGCUUCCCGAGCAUCACGCGACUCUCAUCGAUCGGCAAAAGCGUUGAACACCGGGAUUUAUGGGUACUCGAAAUUUCCGACAACCCAGGUACACACGAACUUUACGAGCCCGAGAUGAAGAUUGUCGCAAAUAUUCACGGCAACGAGGUGGUAGGCCGCGAAUUGUCUCUGGUCUUGGCGCAGCUCCUAUGUGAAGGGUACGGGAAGAGUCCGCGAAUCACAAAACUAGUCAACAACACGAGGAUUUUCCUCUUGCCGUCCAUCAAUCCCGACGGGUAUGAGCGGUCGACUGUGGGAGACUACGACAGCCUCAUCGGACGCUUCAACGCUCAUAAUGUUGAUUUGAAUCGCAACUUCCCCGACCAAUAUCUGGGCAACAAGACCGAAGCGGGAUUCAACCAUUUCGAGCCCGAAACCAUUGCUAUGAUGGAGUGGAUCACCUCGAGACCGUUUGUGCUCUCCGCGAGUCUGCACGGUGGCGCCCUCGUGGCCAACUAUCCCUUCGAUGGGAAUCUGGCAAAAGUGGAUCAUAUGUACAGCAAAACGGAAGAUGAUCAACUCUUUCGAAACAUCUCACGCACUUAUUCCUUCCUGCAUCCGAAAAUGCACAAAGGCGAGUCGUGUCCCAGGGGCUUCACGGAACGUUUCGAUGAGGGUAUAACCAACGGCGCUCAAUGGUACGUCCUGUACGGCGGAAUGCAGGACUUCAACUACUUGAAGUCGAACUGCUUCGAAAUAACCGUCGAAAUGGGUUGUCAAAAAUUCCCACCCGCAAACCAACUGGAGAAAAUUUGGGAAGAGCACAAAAGACCGCUCCUAAAAUUCAUCGAGCAAACUCACAUCGGAAUCAAGGGGGUCGUGGUUGACGAGAACAAGCGACGCCUAGCAAACGUUUCUAUUCACGUCAGUGGUAUCAAACACGACGUGACUACUUCACCGGACGGAGAUUAUUGGCGACUGCUUUUACCGGGAACAUAUCAAGUCUCUGCUGUCGUUAAUGGCAUCCACCUGGACACGAGAACCGUGUCAGUUCCCGAUGAUCCCGGAAAGCUGCCCGUCGUCGUAGAUUUUUCGGUAAACGCUGCGUACGCGCGAUGGAGUAAGGAGAACGAUUUCGGAAUAUCCGAGAACCUGGCCAGUCAUUACUCGAACGUAUAUGAGACCAACAAUGCCAUGGAGCUGCUGAAACAGGACUACAGAUUCCUGAAAGUGAAACAAGUAUUCGAUAACGCGACGAACAAAGUUUCCGAGUUCUUGUACAUAACGAACGAGACCAACGCGAAGCACAAACCGCAUUUCCUCGUCGCGGGCGGAUUGCGCGGCAACCUGCCGGUCGCCCGAGAAGUGAUUCUCCGCUUCGCUCGACAUCUUGCUGAAGGAUACCGCAGGGAGAUCCAAUCGUACCGAGACCUCAUCGACAAUUCCGUCGUCCAUCUCGUUCCCUACAUCGGAACCUCAUUCGGAGAUUUCGGUACCGAGCGGAGGUGCGAUGCAAAAUCAGCCGGGGACGAUGUCAUCACUACGUUCGAGCGCGUCGCGGACGGCUCCGAACCGGAUUCUCGCAUGGUGUCACUGAGGAAAAUGUUCGAGACCUUCUCAUACGCCGCUGCUCUGGAGUUGGAGAGCGGCUCGGAGGGAAUGGCUUAUCCAUCACUCGUUUUGAACGGAACCGAGCCCGGAGGAGCAAAAGAAAUCCUCGACAAACUGACCAAUCCUUUCCGCAAUCGUUCCUCGUGUAUGGAGAACCCCGUGACUUCAAAUCCGGUUCUGGACUUCGCAUAUCAAGAGCACGCAACGUUGAUGGCGAGUGUUUCGGUUGACUGCUGCUCCUAUCCUGCUCCGACAGAACUGUUCCCCGUAUAUCGAAACAUGCAGCCACCGCUCCUGAGUUUCCUCACCACAGCGAUGAAAAUGUCUGUGGUGGGCGAAGUUCGCAGUGAGAGCGGGAAACCUAUCAAGAGCAUCCAACUGUCCUUGGCGCCGGGCAACCGGCCGAACAUCCAUGUUCAGGACGGAGCGUACGCGUUCCUCGCCUCACCUGGAGGCCUAUACGUGACAGGUGGGAAUUGUCGUCUGCUUCUUUCAUCAGCGACUGGCUACGACCUUUCGGUAACAAGUGCCUCGAAGGCAGAAGGUAUCCCGUUGGAAGUCGAGUCCUUGAAUUUAUCAAUGUCCGCUGAUUCGGGUGUCUUCGGCGGAUAUGAGGGUGUCUUGAAAUCGCUAAAAGGCAUCGCGCAGAAAUACCCCAACCAAACGAGACUUUCGAGCCUCGGGGGCUCGAGCAAGAAGUACGUGUGGCUCCUGGAAAUAUCGUCGACGCCCACCGGAGCCCACGACCCCCCUCAUCUACCGGGUGUACUCGUGACAGCGGGUCAUCACGGUUCUGACGUGGCAGCUAUUCAAACCGCACUCAAUCUAGCUCGUUUGCUUUCGUCGCGGUAUAGUAAAGAGAACUAUAUCAGGAAGAUCGUGGAUAGCACGAAAGUCUUCAUCGUGCCAAUGAUCGAUGUCGAUGCAGUCCCCGGCGAAGGGCAGAGCGUUGGAUGCGGUAGCAAGUACAACUUUUCUUCAUACCAAAAUGUUUUCGAUUACUCCGGAUCGGCCAUUGGAGCAGGCCCGCGAGCUUCCUGGAGUCAGGCAGCUCUUUCGAAAUGGCUCGAUGAAGCUUCGCCCCACCUCGUUUCUUCGCUCUCGCUCAAAUCGGGAGCUACCGGGGUUGUUUACUCAAAUCAAGGGAAGCCCGAGACAGUGUCCGCGAGACAUUUGGCUCAAAGUUUCCGCAGUCUGUGGCUUCCUGGGACGCAGCCAAGUUGUUCAAUUAGUUCCGUGGAAAAUCAAGAGAGGCUCGUUUCAAAGUAUUCGGAUGUUAGAUCUGAAGAGGAGCUCGGCUUCCAAGGAACCUUGGAAAGCGCAUUAGGGAGAAAAGGAGUCCUCUCCGUUGCGGUAUACCUGAGUUGUUGUAAAUCUCAAGAUGAACUGCCGCAUUUCACACGAGCUUCCAAACCAGCAUUGCUCAAAUUCUUAUCCAUGGUACGAGAAGGGAUCCAGGGCCGCGUCGUCGAUGCUAACGAACGGCCCUUGGCGAACAGUGCCAUCUACGUGGAGGACGUGAAACUGAAGAAGACUUCCGAUCACGAUGGUCGAUUCUAUCUCCCGUUACCACCCGGGAAGUACGCCGUGGAAGUUUCUCAGGACGGGUAUUUCAACAUGACCAAGCUUGUGCAGGUUUUGGUGGUUGAUCCCUCUACCGAGGUCGUCUUCAAGGUGGACGUCAGCACUUUCUUCAGCAGCAUUUCUUCCACUCUGAUUAUGUUCGCAAUCGUUUUUGUAGUUCUCUUCGGGAUGAUCACUCUCGUGGCGUCGUAUCUUCUCUGCAACGGAACUUUCUUCGGCCGAGGCGAACGUUUACGACGGAAAGGUUUCAUGCCGCUGUCGACGAAUGACGACGUCCUGGAAUUUCGCCGAAUGGAUAGGAAAUCUGACGACGGCUUCACUCUCGUCCGGGAGUCGACGGCCCCAGGAGGUUACAGUGAUUUGAGAGCGUUAGAGCUGAGUGACAGCGAUGAAGAUUCUGACGAGGAAAUCUAUUUGCCGGAAUCUCGUAGUGCGUAA